AUGGCGGCUCCAAAACUUUCGCCAACGGCUAAUCUGCUGAGAAACUCUCGUCUUUUUGCAUUGCCAACACCAUUGACUACCGCGCCGCGACCGGUCACAUCCAAAACCGUUAACGAGUCGGCAUCCGCAACUCUUCCACACCCUACCAGAGCUGCCAUUGAAACACCACCAGCCGCCCUUUACAAAGGAGACUGGGGUUUGAAACGAGCAUUACCAGCCAAAUCUACGAUCGAGAGGUCCAGCAAGCCUGUGAUCCGUGUCAAUGCUCUCGACACGUUCGAACAUGUCACCGACUUCGAUUCCGCUGGUGAUCACAUCAUGACCCUGACCAAGUUUCAGGAGCUCAACCUUCCCAUUUCUUUACCUCAAGUCGCUAGGAAGAACCGAACAGACUUUGGCAAGGCCCAUGAGAGUCCGUUUGAAGCUCGACGUGAUAAUGUCUCCACUAGCGAGGGUGCGAAGGAGCGUGGUGCUCAAGUAUAUCGACAAUCCGGGCCGUGGCUGGGCGGUCAAUCCGAGAUUCAGUUUCAAGCCUAUUUGCAUUCAUUACGCCGCCGAAGACCAGAAUUGUUGAAACAAUUGCGAGAACAAUACGAAAACAAAUUGACUGUUGAGCGUAGAAAAAAAGCGCAGGAUGAGGGUGGCUUGGAAGCUGACCAGACCAUUGAACCCGUUAAAGUCACAGAUGAAGAAUUCCAAAGUUAUCUGAAGAGAUUGCGAGCGGAUAAGAGACUAGCUGGACCGGAGCUCAGUCGUCUCUUGGAUCUCCACACCUUGUCAUCUGAUCUCCCUUCGAUGUUUAUCGGGACUGACUAUUACGAAGCGAAUGCAGCAAACUUGGCUUCUGUUGACUAUGCUAGCCAAGGACCACCACGAACGCACCCAUCAGCUGGUCUUGCUUACACUCGAUCAGGCGCAAUUCUCUACAACCAUCCCUCAUACGGACCUCAACAAGCCAUGCGCCCCGUUGAAGCUCGGGUCCUGACAGCCAAGACAAAGAAACGACGAUACAAGCGUCGCCCUGUUCUCGGUGUUGCCGGUAUCGCAUAUGAGGACGAGCAUGAUAGCACGGAAGAUAACAUUAGAGGUCUCGAGUACCUCGACCCAUCGAUCCCAGGUGGUGGCAAAGUCUGGGUGGUCCCCAAGCGAGUCUCGAUAUCCUCUCAAGGAACGAUCGAUCUAGAAGCCAGCAGGGCUGAAAGAGAUGUCAUGGCACCCUAUGGUAUUUCCAACUAUGACCCCAGCGACCCGACCAAUAUAAGUCCAGCAGCACAGUCGACGCAACGGGAUGUUCCUCGACUUGUUUAA